AUGAAGGGUGUGAUAGGGUUUGGGAAGAACGACAAGUUGAGCCAUCGGUAUAGUGGUCCUUUUGAGAUCAUUGAGAGAGUGGGUGAGGUGCCCUACAGACUUGCAUUUCUACCCAGCUUAUCGGGAAUUCACCCGGUGUUUUAUCUUUCCAUGAUUCGGAAGUACUAUGGUGCUUCAUCUCAUGUGUUAGAUUUCAGCUCAGUUCAAUUAGAGAAUAAUUUGACCUAUGUUGAGGAGUCGAUGGCUAUAUUGGACAUGCAUGUCCGGAAGUUGAGGUCAAAAAAUAUUGCUUCGGUGAAGGUUCAAUGGAGAGGUCAACCAGUCGAGGAGGCAGCGUGGGAGACCAUGCAUGAUAUAUGGAGCCUUAUCCCCAUCUUUUUGGCACUUCAUUGGCUGAUUGCUGGAGAUGGACCUGCUGCAGCUGAGUUGAGGAGCAAGGUGUUAAUUGUCGAUGGCUUGGAUUUCUGA